AUGAAGAAAGAUAAGUUCUAUAAGGCUGUAGUGAAACCAGUUAUGAUGUAUGGGUUAAAGUGUUGGGCGGUUGACAAGAUAGUAAAUAAGAGAAUGAGUGUAAUAGAAAUUAGAAUGCUUAGGUGGAUGAGUGGAAGGACUAGAGAAGAUAGGAUAAGGAUUGAACAUAUACGAGGAAGUUUAUGUGUAGCAUCAACCGAGGAUAAGAUGACAGAAAAUAGACUUAGAUGGUUUGGUCGUGUUAUGAGAAGAGAGGAAUCAGAAGCUGCAAGAACAGUAACUAUAACUGUUAUAGAAAUGAAUGUCGAAGGAUGA